AUGGAGUCAUGUUACUGGAGUGCUGUUAGUGGAAUGGAGUCGCAUUACUGGAGUACUCUAGUCGUCGUUUAUGGAACUGUCGGUUCUGGUAUUUCGCUUGUUGAUCCUUGUUGGUCUGAUUUGUCGAUUUGUGGUGUUG